CUAAAGGCACACAGCAAAAAUUGUCAAGAGAUGGACAUUCGAAAAAUAGAAAAUCUCCAACUAAAACCGAAAGAAUUGAAACAUUUUCGGAUAUUUUCAUUUCAGAUGCGAGCAGCAAACGGUUAACAAAGAACUAUUUAUGUAAGGGACAAAGCAACAACUUAAUGAAUUAUGGAACAUGUAAAUACAACAAAUGCAAGACAACAGCAACAACAACAUCAACAGCUGCAACAACAUCAACUGGAGCAACAACAACAGCACAAUGAAAAUCAACAACAAUUUUGCUUACGAUGGCAUAAUCAUCAGACUAGUUUGCUGAGCACAUUGCCGAUCCUAUUAGACCAAUCGCAUCUCACGGAUGUGACCAUUUCGGCCGAGGGUCGUCUGCUCCGUGCUCAUCGUGUCGUGCUCAGCGCCUGCAGCAGUUUCUUUAUGGAAAUCUUCCGUGCUCUGGAGGCCAGCAAUCAUCCGGUCAUCAUCAUACCCGGAGCCAGCUUUGGUGCCAUUGUCGCCCUGCUAACGUUCAUGUACUCGGGUGAGGUGAAUGUGUACGAGGAGCAGAUUCCCAUGCUCCUCAAUCUUGCCGAAACAUUGGGCAUCAAGGGAUUGGCGGAUGUGCAGAACAAUAAUCUUCCCAAGACAACACAGAGCACUUCCUCCACCGCCCCAACAUCCUAUGUGGAGCCCACAAGCAUCGACAAACCAUUGGGGUAUGAAACACCCAAAACACCAUCGCCAACGCCAACACCCACGCCCACGCCCACAACCACGCCCAAUCUUGCCUUGCCACAAUUACCGAAUCCUACGCUGCAAACACCACUUCUGGCCAACAAGCUGGGCACACCUCUGGAGAAUUUCUUUUUCAAAUCGCUGCAAUUUUAUCCGAAUCUGUUGCCGCAACCAUUGAAUUUUUCGCAAACCGCGCUGAACAAGACCACAGAGCUGUUGGCCAAGUACCAGCAGCAGUGUCAGCUCUACCAGAACAGUCUGGAGGAGGAGGAUUGCUAUGGCGCCAAGCGGAUGAAGACGGGCAGUGUCAGCCAAAACAACAUUUCAACGCCACAGCCGCCCAAAGAUGUCAAGCGCAUUGACAAAAUCGUGGAGAAUCUGAGAACCACAAAUAGCAACAAGUCGCCCAUCGAAUGUGGUGCGCCCAAUUCAAUUGUGGCCACCUCACCAGUGGCACUUGCACCCCAGAAUAUGUCGCACUUCUCGCCGCAGUUGCCAGUUGUGAAAUCCUCGCCCAGCUAUAACAAUCCCCUCAGUGCAGGUCAAUUGUACAGCAGUGCCAAGUUGCCCAGUUACAGUGCUGCUGCCACGCCCACAACGGCACAGCAGGCAUCGCAUCAGGUGGCGGCACAUCAUGCCAACACACCCUACAUAACACCCGAGGAUCAUGCCAAGCUGCAGCAACACAUCGAACAAUAUGCCGCCUGUCAACGGGAGGCGGCGGCAGCGGCAGCAGCGGCUGCUGGUCAAAUGGUCAGUGCCAAGUCGGAGCCGAAUUUGUUGUCACUUGCCGCCGAGAAGAUGGCCACGCCCAGCAAGCCGCCGUCCAACUCCAAGUUGUAUGCCACAUGCUUCAUCUGUCACAAGCAACUGAGCAAUCAAUACAAUUUGCGUGUGCACCUCGAGACCCAUCAGAACGUGCGCUAUGCGUGCAAUGUUUGCUCCCACGUUUCUCGCAGCAAGGAUGCGCUGCGCAAACAUGUCAGCUAUCGUCAUCCUGGAGCGCCGUCUCCUUGCGAGAACGAGGCGCGUCGCAAACGAGUCACAAAGUUAGCAGCGCAGUCGACGCUGACGUCAAGCGCUGCGACUGCGACUGCGCCGUCGGCAACGGCAACCAGUGCCGAUGUGGCAGCUGGCGAGGCAUCUGUAUCGAGUGCUGGCUCGACAUCGGGUUCGACACCAGGCUCACUAUCGACGAAUCCUUACCUGUUUCUGCCCAAUCAGUUUCAGUUGGCGGCUGCUGCAGCCGCCGUUGCAGUGGCCGAGUCAAACACAACGCCAGCCUUGGAUCUGGCGCAUGAGGUACCCAUGUCCAUGAAGAGCUCAACGCCAACGGCCAACGGCAAUGGUGAGGCAGACAGCGAAGCUGGUGCAUCGGCCACAUAGAAAUGCAGCGCAGAAUUCAAUUAGUAAAACACACUCAAAAGAACACAACAAUACAUAAUACACAAUACACGCAAAUUAACCCCACCGCGUACCGAACCAACGUCUUAGACCCGGCUGUGAUACUUAGCGCAAUUCGUCGUUUUUUUGUUUCUGUUUUCAUUUGAAUUUGAAUUUGAAUCUCACUAUUUGUUAAUUUUAGCGCAAUUUGAUUGAGAGCUUGCACUUAUCGAUAACGCGCUUCGAUAAAUCUGAAGUGGUGGCAGCACUACCACAGUUUGAGAGCCACAAUAACAAACAAUUGGAGUGUCCCUCAAACUGUAAGCAUAAUUGCUAGGCUCUGCAAAAACACCUUCUACAAACACCAAACACACACUCUCACACACACAUACAGACACGCCUACACACAUUCUAGUAAAUUAAGUGCAAUUUUUAUAAUUAUACACAAACAUAAAACACGCACGACAUGCACACAAAAAGACAAGGUGAAGACCUACAAAAAUCCAAGAUCAAAAUAAAUAUUAAGCCACAAUACAA